CUUCCUUCCCUCCCACUUACUCCCUCAUCUCUCUCAUAGAGACAUAUAGAUAGAGAGAGAGAAAAACUUUAGUGACUGUUCAACAAGCUAUAGUAGUGGCCAUGGCGGCAAGCCGGGUGGUGUGGGUCAACGGGCCGAUCGUGGUGGGGGCCGGGCCGGCGGGGCUGUCGGUGGCGGCGUGCCUGCGCGCGCGCGGCGUGCCGUCGGUGGUGCUCGACCGCGCGGACUGCGUCGCCUCGUUGUGGCAGCACCGCACCUACGACCGCCUCUGCCUCCACCUGCCACGUCACUUCUGCGAGCUCCCGGGGAUGCCGUUCCCCAACUACUACCCGUUGUACCCCACCAAGCGUCAGUUCGUCGACUACCUCGAAGCCUACGCGGCGCGCUCCGGGGUCGAGCCCCGGUUCAACCACGCCGUCACGUCCGCGCGGUACGACGCCGCGGCAGGCCUGUGGCGGGUGCGCGCCGAGGACGUCGUAUUGGGGGAGGUCACCGAGUACAUCGGCCGGUGGCUCGUCGUGGCCACGGGCGAGAACGCGGAGCGCAUCGUGCCAGAGUUCGAGGGCUCGGAGGACUUCGGCGGGCCAGUGUCGCACGUGUCGGAGUACAAGUCCGGCGAGGCGUACCGCGAAAAGCGCGUGCUCGUCGUCGGCUGCGGCAACUCCGGCAUGGAAGUCUGCCUCGACCUCUGCGACCACAAUGCCCUCCCCUCCAUGGUCAUCAGGGACUCGGUGCACGUCCUGCCGCGAGAGAUGCUGGGCGUCGCGACGUUCUCGGUGGCCUUCUUCCUCCUCCGGUUCCUGCCGCUGUGGCUGGUGGACAGGAUCCUCGUCCUCCUCGCGCGGCUGUUCCUCGGCGACCUGGAGAAGCUCGGCAUCAGGAGGCCAUCCGGGGGCCCGCUGGAGCUCAAGAACACCAGGGGCAGGACGCCAGUGCUCGACAUCGGCGCGCUCGCCAGGAUCCGCUCCGGCGAGAUCGAGGUCGUGCCCGGAGUCAAAAGGUUAUUCUGUGGCGGCGCCGAACUUGUCGACGGGCGCCAUAUCGCAGCCGACGCGGUGAUCCUGGCCACCGGCUACCACAGCAACGUCCCUCAGUGGCUCAAGGGAAAUGACUUCUUCACCCAGGAAGGGUACCCAAGGGUGCCAUUCCCAGAUGGCUGGAAGGGGGAGUCAGGUCUCUACUCUGUUGGCUUCACCAGGAGAGGUCUCUCAGGUGUCUCCUCUGAUGCUAUCAAGGUUGCACAGGACAUCGCCAUGGCAUGGGAGCAGCAAACCUCAACAAGAUGAUGCAUUCAAACACGAGCAAACUAAAAUUAAUUUGCUGAGGAAUUAACCCCUGAUCGGUGCAUGUCUAAGUUCAUAUAUCCUGUCAUCGCAUCGGUGCAUGUCUAAUAAUCCUUGACGCGCGCAAUUUGGCCGACGUCUGUAUCAAGAAUUGUUCAAGCACUCAGGUGAGGUCAAAGAAAUAAUCAAUCACCAAGAAGAGAGACAUGACCAAAGUGAUUCAUGAAAGAAAAGAGAAAAUCAUGAACACCAAAUUCUAGGAGAAGGUUCCUGGGUCCAAAGAAACAGAGUCGGAAUUCAGCAGAUCCAGAGAUGCCACAAAAUUGAAGUGUGUCAUAGAUGCUUCGACGUUGGCGUGGAGGCCAGAUUCCAGAAAUGACUUCUUCAUGUAGAGCCCAAAUUUUGCUGUACCCAUGGGCCCUUAUAUAUGUACAGAAUGCUAUGUAGUGAACUUUGUAACUUCAAUUGGUUGGUAGAGUGUUAGAGUUGCCAUUCAUGUCUACUAUCUAGAUGUUUAUGUACGGAGUUAACCAUGAGAGAAGUAAUUUGACUUAUUCCA